UCAGGGUAACCUAGGUACCGCGUUCUUACCCACAAUGCAACGCGCUUGGUGGCGUUAUUGAAAGUAUAUUCCAAAUUCUCAAAUAUAAUGUAGAUUAUCGUUUGAGUAGAAGAUAAGGACAAAAGUAAGACAAGUAGUACUGCUAGUGUUAAUGAAUAAAGUAUCGAACAAUACGCAAUAACUAAGGCAAAAACAUGCGACUCGUCUGAGAAUCACCGCCAUUGGAUAACUCUUUCUUGUAAUGUUGCAGACAACUGAUGAUGGACGGAUAUAACACUGGGAAAGAAAAACUAUUCAAACCAAGAGAUUUCACCUCACCAGAUAUUUCCAAAAAACCCCAGGAUGACUUGGUGCCUCCAUCAUAUUUUGCAUCAAGUGUCCAGGCUACUACACUGCCUGCAAUGGAUCAAAUCUCAGACACACGGCAGCGUGUCUCCUGGAUGAACUCUACUGUCCCACUAGCUUUACCGAAAGAUCCAUGGCGUGUUUUCACUCAGAGCCAACGAGACGUAUCAACGCUGAGUAAAGAAAAUCAGUGCACCAGGGUGCUGCGAGGACACAACUUAGGAGGGGACACUCCAGAGGAUAACCCGUCAGAUUUGAGGACAAGAUCUACCGAGAGAGGCGAGCAGCCGUCCAGAUGGGAAGUAGAGUGGUGUCUGGAGGCUGAAAAGCACAAAGCAGAGGCUGAGCGGUUGUCGGAGCAGAUGGAGACCCUGAAGGAGGCUGAGCAGAGAUAUCGGGAAGAGAUGAGAGUCAAAGACAAUGCCAACAGCAGACAGAGUCACGAUUUGGAGACAAUGCAUCAAGAAAUAAGCAAGUUGAGGACUGAACACAGCCAAAUGAAAGAAGAGCUCAUGCACUGUCGUGCACAGAAGGAGACAAUAAGCUCAAAGCUACAAAUACUUCAGAGGGAGUCUGAUGAGGAACUUGUGAAGCUGAGGAAGAAGAGGGAAGCUAAAGGAGAGAUGAGCAGGCAGCAGGAGGCAGAAAACCAGUCUUUUAGAUUGUCACAGCAAUUGCAACAAAUGCAAGAGGAAGAGAUGAGACUCUUGCGCGACUCGUCUUAUGUGGAGUUAGAAGCGGCCCAAAAAUGUAAUAUUGAACUGCAGAGCAAAUUUCAGACUGUGAACCAGGAGGCGCUGCAGCUGAAAAGCAGUCUGACAAUGGUGUCUGCGGAGAGAGAUGAGCUAAAGGAACAACUAAGACAAACCAUACAAGCCAAUGAGACACUAUCGGAAACUUUGCAUAGCCUCCGGAAUUACAUUGGCAAGCCGGUCAAUGACAAAGGAGAGUUGGAAGAUGUUGAGAGGCUGACCAAAGAGAAUUCAGCAUUACAGAGAACCGCAGAGCUUUUGACUGUCAGAUUUAACUCCAUGAGUGAGAUUGUCUCCCUCCAAGAAAAUAAAAUGCUGAAGGAGGCUUCAAAAGACCCACUGGUGACAAAGCGACCUGAUGGCCUCCAUGCGCUUCACCUGUGGAGGAACAGGGUGUUCAAACUGAGCGUCCAGCUCCGCUUGAAGGACGUGGAGCUGCGACGCGAGAGGGAACAGCAUUUCUCACAGCUCAAAUUCAUGGAGCAACAGCUUCAGGAGGAGCAGCAUCGCACAACUCUCCUCCAGCGUAAUCUGGACGCCAAGAUAGCUGAGCUGGGCCAGGAGAAAGUGGAAAAGGAGACUUUGCAACAUAACUUGGCACAGGCUUGCAAAGAGAUCCAACAGCUGAAAGAAUGUCGUCUAAGCAAAGAGGCGGAAAUGAAAAGCACAACAGAGGCUGUGCACGGGUUUAGUCUUGCAUUUCACCAUCACAUGGUAAAAGUGGAUGCCGCACAAGCAAAACUCAACACCCUUGGUCAGAGGUUGAAUUUCGCCAGAGGCCGAGUAGAGACAGUCCAAGCUUUGUUCAUGAGGAGAGUUGCUCUGCACAAAGUCCAGCAGGCCAGUAAACCGACAGAACAGGCUGCUGAGAGCAUUAGACAUUUGCAGACAGAACUUAGUUUGGUGUCCAAAGAGAACAGCAAACUCAGGCAUGAGCUCAAAAGAACCCCAAAGUUGAUUGAAAAGGCAUUGGCCGACAUGAAAGAACAGUAUGAGAACAAGCUGGUGCAGAAGCAGCAGGAGCUAGAGCAGAGCUGCGUGGAGGUCCAGCAUGUCAUGUCUGGCAGAGAGGAGGUCCAGCAGAAUUUGCAGCAGGUCUUGGACCAGUUAGAGGACAGCAAGAUGACGCAGGAGAAACUCCAGUGUGAACUGCUCAGCCAGAAGGAGCACAACAAACAAGUCCUGGAGGCACGGAUAUUAGAGAUCGAGAGCCGCUGUGCUGAAAAGCUGAGCGAGAUGGAGGUCCAAGUCAAUACGGCUAAGAGAGAGCACACCAAAGUAGUUAAGUCUUUAGCGCAGUUUGAUGUACUAAGGAGGGACAGAGAAAUCGAAGAGAUGGAGCGGCACGGACGCCAACUGCAGGCUGUCGUGGCGCAGAGAGCGCCGAACACUAACAUUCCCAGAGCUUGCACCUCAGCUCUGCAAAAUGUUGCAGGAACUCUUUCAGACAAGAGUGGCAUUACGACUGGAGAACAAGAGGUGAGAUUUCGUACUCUUUUGAAGGAUCUCCAAGUGCUCAGUGCUGCGGUGCUAAACAGCUCAGAGGACUCUGAAGAAGAGGAGCACAGCUGAUUGGCCGCACAAAUAUUGUGGUUGUUGCGGUGGAGGACUCUAUAGCAUCUUUGCCAAAUUUUGGUGACCAUACAACGAUAUUGUCAAUGAAGACCUAAAGCUGAGAAUUAUUUAUUGUCUUUGGAAGUGCAUUUUUUUCCAUAGAAACCUUGUAUUUGUUUGCAUUAGAUGUACUUAAUAAAGUGUCCCAUGACUA